UAAUAAAUAUAUAGUAAAUAACAAAAAUAAACAUCAAUUAAAUAGAUACAUACAUACCUAACAAAACAGAAACAUUGUAAAUUACGUUGAAUAUUUGAUAAUCAAUUAGUGUAGUGGGUGACAUUUAUUAUUGCCUUCAGCAUGGAUAUAAAAUUUGUAAAUGUGCUCAUUUUGGGCUUCGGUUUCAUGUUUGUCUUCACCUCUUUCCAAACAAUGGGUAAUAUCGAGAAAACAUUGUUAGUGAGUAUCAACAAAGAUGAUCCCAGCUUCAAAGGCGAUGGUUACAUUAGUUUGGCCGUGAUUUAUGCCUCAUUUGCUUUGUGCAAUUGGUUCGCGCCCUCCUUUAUAGCAUUUACAGGACCACGCACCGCCAUGCUAGUGGGAGCAUUAACCUAUACAUUCUUCAUGGUAACAUUUCUGUUUCCCACCACCUGGCUGCUAUAUGUCUCGAGUGCUUUAUUGGGCGCGGGUGCCGCCAUUACUUGGACUGGCCAGGGCACAUUUUUGGCACGCUGCAGUGAUUCGGGCAAUAUAUCACGUAAUUCGGGCAUUUUUUGGGCAUUACUACAGUGCAGCAUGUUCUUUGGCAAUCUGUUUGUCUACUAUCAAUUCCAAAAUAAGGAUCAUAUUGACGAACAAACUCGCAGUUUGGUUAUUGGUGUACUAAUUGGUGUGGCCGUUUUGGGUGUGAUAUUUUUGGCCACAUUGCGUUCAGUGCCGGACAAUUCGCAUAUGGAUACGGAAUUACAACAGCCACAAUCGCCUUAUGAUCGUUCGAAGGUGGCUUUAGUAUCGGCUGGUAAAUUGUUUUUCACUCGAGACAUGCUGCUGUUGAGUAUGGCGUUUUUGUAUACGGGUUUUGAACUGUCAUUCUUUAGCGGUGUUUACGGACCUUCAAUUGGUUUCACUCAAAAAAUAUCGGAUACACCCAAAGAAAUCAUGGGAUUGGCUGGUAUUUGCAUAGGUGUAGGCGAGGUCUUCGGAGGCAGUCUUUUUGGCAUUUUGGCCUCGAAAACAACACGUUACGGACGUGAUCCCAUCGUUAUUGUCGGCUAUAUCAUACACAUGAUUGCUUUUCUAUUGAUUUUCCUAAAUUUACCGGAUGCUGCUCCAUUCAAUGACACCGAUGAUAUCUCUUACUUUGAUCCACCUCAAGUAUGGAUUGCUUUAGUGUGUGCCUUGUUGCUGGGUUUUGGUGAUGCCUGUUUUAAUACCCAGAUAUAUUCAAUGUUGGGUGGUGUAUUUGUUAAGAAUUCAGUAGGAGCAUUUGCUUUGUUUAAAUUUACCCAGUCGGUGGCCGCUGCCAUAAGUUUCUUUUAUUCGUCGCAUUUGGGUUUAAGAGCUCAAUUGGGUAUUUUGGUCGUUACAGGCACUAUAGGAGCUGCCUGCUUUUGUAUUGUGGAAUGGCGUGCUAAGAGACGGGCCCGUGAAGAGUCACAAGAUGUUUCAGAGGUUUCUGAAUCGAUUUCCGAUUAUCAUAAAUAAAAAAUCAAAAUUUUUAACUAACUACUAUAUGGACUUUAAAAAUUCCACCUACAAAUAUGAUGAGUUGCUGAGAGUUGAAACAUUCCAACAUGUUUUUUGUAUGUGUGUGCAAUAUUUUUUUUUUAUACAUAUAAAUAUUAAUAUUUUCAAACGACAUUUGUAUAAUAGAACAAGAAACAAAGAGGAAAUUGUGUCAAUUUGCAGAUAGUAAUUGUUGCUGUCGUUGAAAAAAAAAAUAAAUAAAAAUAGCAACGAACGAAAAGUUAUGAAAAUUAAAUGAAAUCAUAGAAAUUGUUCCUUUUUUUACAAUUAUUGUUUUGUUAAAGUUUUUUCUCUAAAUAGUCUUCCGAGACAAUAAUUAGUACAUUUAAUGCCAAGAAAUAUAUAAUUAAAAACAAAAUAAUAAUAAACAAUAUAAUGAAAUUACAAAAACAAAUAUUUACAAAAUACAUACAGUAAUAAAUAGCGAUAAAUAUACAUAAACAUUUACAUACAUACAUACCUAUUAUGUAUUUUGUUGUAUACAUACUUAAUUAUAAUUUUUUUAUUAAACAAAAAUCUUAUUUUGAAUUUGCUUAUUUUGGACAUUUUUUUAUACAAACAAAAAUAUUUAUAAUACAUAUAAAUAUAAAUAUAUACAUAUAACAUUUACAUAAAUACAUAUACAUACAUAUAUUUUUAGUGAAUUGAAUUAAUUUUUAUUUUAUUUGUACGAUUGUAUUAAAAAUUGUUGAAAAAAAAAUUAUAAAUGUAUAAUAAUUGUUGUAUUCCUUUUAGGUAUAAGUUUAAAAAUAUAUAUAUUUAUAUUAUUAUUAUUAUUACGAUUAUUAUUGAUGUGGUAAUUCAAAAUUACAAAACAAAAUGAAAAUUUAUUAUAAAUAAAGACCUGAAUUGAAAAAUUAUUGAAUAUUCGAGUAAAAGAAAA